AUGGAGAGGAAAGUAUCACCCGAGCAAAUCAAAGAUUUGAGAAAAAUUAUUGACCAACAACUUCGGUCAAAAGAUGUGUAUAAUCAGAUUAGAGAAAUUUUGUCUGACUAUCUGAACAUGGACCAUUCAAAAUCGGAAGUUCAUUCCGAGGAGCAUGUACUACAAUCUCUAAAGGAAAGAGGUGUGGUUGAGGAAAUUAUCAAAUCCCUUCAUUCUCACACAAACAAAUCAUCAGUUUUUAAUAAGGAUGCUCAAGUCAGCUCCUUGCUAGGAAAGAGAGAUUUAAAAAAGAACAAGAUUUUGCAUCUACGGCUUGUUGGAGGAAAAGCAUUUAUGGAGUAUGAUGAUAAUGUUAAGACUGACGAAAAAAUGAUAUGUUUUUUCAAUUAUAAGGAUCAAAGAUUUAUUUCUCAACCAGUCACAUGUUGCUGCAAUCCAGUAUUUGAAGAAGAUUUUAUUAUUGAUUUGGAAAUUGAUUCUUUAAAGAAUGCAUUUGUGGAACAACAGGAAAUUGAUGAUGAAGGAAUUGGUGCUCUCUUGCAAAUUAACAACCCGAUUGAUAUCAUCGUUCUAACAGUUGAUAACGAAGGACGAACAAAAUAUAUUGGAGGUCAUAGAUUAGAGUGGAGAAGGGUGCUUAAAAAAGGUGUAAUAUUAAUGACAGUGGAAUUAGGUGGAGGAUCAGGUAUUGAAUCAAAAGUUUCAAAAGGAGUUCUGGAAAUUCGACUAGAAUUGCUUCCCCGUCCUUCCGUUUUUGUCACAGCAAACGAAAUUUCACAACAGCUAAGCAUUGAACGAAAUAGAGAUUUACAAGCUGAAAGAGAGUUUUACAUGUACUGCAAGCAGUGGUUUGAGGAAUAUUGCCAAAUUAGAGAAUCACACAAGAGACGAGUAGUGAAGCUCUAUGCAGAGAUUGAAGAUGGUUCAAGUGUGCCUGUUGUUAGUUUUAUAUCUCCACUCAAGGCAGAUAGAUUGAUAAACUCUCCAUCAGAAGCUGCUCGUUUUGUUUCUCUCUUUGCCUAUGAGCACAGCGACAACAACAUGGGAGCCGCAUCAAAUAGGGAGAUAUGGUGGAGCCCUCAUGCAUUUAUUGCAAAGAAAAAGGGCGAUGUAGAAAACCAUGCAUUAUUACUGUGCUCUCUUCUUUUAGGUUUUAAUAUGGAUGCUUAUGUUUGUGUUGGAACAGACGAUAAAGGAGCUAAAAUAUGGGUAAUGACACGCUCCAAAGACAAUGAAAUAACGUUUUGGAAUAGUAUUACCGGCCAAAGGUUUGAGCACCACUCUGACAAGCACAAGUUGCUUACUGUAGGAUGUGUAUUUAAUCAUAACUCUUACUAUGCCAAUAUUCAAAAAACGGACAAUGUGAGCGAUUGUGUGUUCGAUUUGGAAAAUGAAACCCUUUGGAAGAGUAUGAGCCAAAUGAAACUUUCACUUGUGAGGAAAUUGGACCCUGUGACAUUCAUUCCACCAAGAGUGAACAGUUCUCAGUUGGAGAGGGACACUGAAACUGCCUUGAAAAAGGCGAUCGGUGAUUUGAGAAAAGAUCUCGGUUUGAACACUUCAUGGGAUGAUAAUUUAGGAUAUGUUCUCUCCACUGCUCUUCAGGCCUAUGAGGUCUCCCACAUUAGCAACACAGCAAGUAAUACGUUAAUGGACGAAUUUAAUGAAAUCAUCAAGAACAUAAUUCCACCUAAACACACUUUUAAGGCUUUCCCAAUUCAAUUGAAUCACACCUCAGUGAAACGAAUCAUUAACACAUGUCAGCGACAUAAAAAUUUCAAAAACAUUCUGGAGAGUGUUGGCGAUCGAGUACGAUUUGGCAUUAGAGUUAAAAUAUUUACCUAUCCAGAAGAUGUCCAAGCAGUUUGGCUAAUGAUUUGCAAUGUAUAUCUAAAUAUUUAA